UAUAUAUUUUAGUUGAAGCGAAACAAACCACAAACGCAAUAAUAAACAAUAUAAAAGUGUUAAAUUCAGAGAAGAUUUGGAGGGCCAAUCUGCUCGGGUUGAGAUCGAAAUCUGCUCGGGCUAUUAGACGCGGCGGUGCUCAUGGGGACCAGUGUCUGGCAAAUCGACGGUGCUACUGCGCAUGUUAACGUCGCAGGGGACUCUUACGGUUUUGAUUAAUGGGGUUGACGUGUUUAUUGUCCCACAUACCACCCAGUAACCAUCUUGUGAUCCUUUUUUCUAAUAAUUGACUGGGUCGACCGUCUGUUCUUUUUUUCCCUCUCCGUCUCUUUAGAAGCAUGAGCUGAAGAGCAUCCAAGCCAUCUUGAAUCUUUUUUCGCCCGUAUUUAUAUCUUGAUAUCUAAGAAGGCCCGAAAAUGGAUCUUAAAGAGAGGGUAUGUGAUGAGCUACAAAAGGAAGUUCCCAAAGGCGCGUCUUCUACUAAUUUCAAUACACAGCAUCAGCAGAAGUGGGAAGAUCCAUCAUCCACUUUAGAUUACAGCACCAGGAUCGAACCUCCUUUCCAGGCAUUCAACCAGACCUCUCAAACUCAAUCUUUGUUGUUGUGUAAUAACCAAAUCAAAGUCCCUAUGCAAGAUGGUUCCAUUAAUGACUUGCUUCAAGCCAGUAAAAUCCAAGAUUGGGAUCCAAGUGCAAUGCUAAACAAUCUCUCAUUCCUUGAGCAGAAGAUCCAUCAGCUUCAGGAUUUGGUGUAUUUAAUCAUUGCGCGGAAGGGUCAAGUGUUGGGGCGACCAGACGAACUUCUUGUUCAGCAGCAACAGCUAGUUACUGCGGAUCUCACUUCAAUUAUAAUUCAGCUGAUAUCUACUGCUGGUAGUCUUCUCUCGUCUGUAAAGCAAACACUUUCUGCAGCCACUACAUCUCUGGGACAGUGUGGGGAGUUUGGUGGAGUUGUCUUCCCUUCUUCUGCACAAAGGCUGAAUGAUGGGGUUCAGCCACAAAAUGCUGGUGGAAGCAAAGUCUCUGAGCCGCCAAAUUCUAUUGAUAUUACUAGUAACAAUGGAAACGAGCAGAAUAAUCAUAUAGUCGAGGAGCAUGAAUUGAAAGAUGAGGAAGAUGCUGAGGAAGGAGAAAACCUUUUGCCUGGCACGUAUGAGAUACUGCAGUUAGAAAAGGAAGAAAUCCUUGCGCCCCACACUCAUUUCUGCACUAUAUGUGGAAAAGGAUUCAAGAGAGAUGCAAAUUUACGAAUGCAUAUGAGGGGUCAUGGAGACGAGUACAAAACACCAGGGGCCCUUGCGAAACCCACUAAAGAAUCCAGCUCUGAACCAACUAUUAUUAAGAGGUAUUCCUGCCCUUAUGCUGGUUGCAAGCGGAACAAGGAUCACAAAAAGUUUCAGCCACUGAAGACCAUUUUAUGCGUCAAAAACCAUUACAAGAGAACCCACUGUGACAAGAGCUACAUUUGCAGCAGAUGCAAUACCAAGAAAUUCUCAGUAAUUGCUGAUCUGAAAACUCAUGAGAAGCAUUGUGGUAAGGAUAAGUGGCUUUGUUCUUGCGGCACCACGUUUUCAAGGAAAGAUAAGCUGUUUGGGCAUAUCACUCUUUUCCAAGGUCACACUCCAGCCAUUCCUUCAGAUGAAAUUAAAGUAGCACCCGCCGGAACAUCUGAUGGAGCCACUAAUAAGGUUGGAAGCGUGAAUUUCAACCUUUCCUCUUAUGUUUCUAGUGAAAGUGAGGUUCAAAGUAGUAGUAUGGACAUUAAAGGGGGGAUUGAUGAUGCUGUUGGUUACUUCUCACCGUUGAGCUUUGAUACAUGUAAUUUUGGUGGGUUUCAUGAGUUCCCUUGACCACCAUUUGAUGACUCAGAGAGUUCAUUUGCAUUUCUACUUUCUAGGUCCUGUAAUUACAGUCAGAAAAGUGGAGAGGAGUAAAGCCCUUGAUUGUGGCUAAUUUCUUCCUUCACCAGUAGGGAUUCAGGGAUGUGUUAAAUUUGUGUUGGAAGGCAGCCCUAUGUACUUGGUUGCUUAAAUAAAUGCUCUAACCUUGUUAGAACACAGUUUUUUUUUCUUGUUAAA